AAAAAACCUGGCUGCACUCCCCCUUUCUCUCAUUUCCCCCGCAGAUCUCCUCGCCACCGUCUCAAUUCAAUAGGGUUUAAGAAUUUGGCCUUGGAAGAAUACCAAUGGCUUAUAUGCGUAGUCUCUCUACAAGAGCGACCCUUAUAGCUCGAAGAUGCCACCCAUCUUUUGGUUAUGUUCUCCAUGACGAUGAUCGAAAACAUAGCUCAACUGAUGAAGAUUUGUCGUCCCAAAGGGUCGAUAAUUUUCUUCAGAGGAGGUCAUUCGGAAGUAGCAGCUUCAACAAGUCAGCUGGGUUUGGGGCCCUUUUCCCUGAUAGAGGAUGUUCUCACAUGUUUCUUCCACUGAGCACCGGGCCCUCUUUCUCCAGGUAUAUGUCAACUACAGUUGGUGAAGGGUCGGACAAAAUUGAAAUAAUGAGUGAUGUUGCUGGGGUUCUCACGGAUACAACUGUGCAAGCAAUAGCUUCCCAGGCCGCUGCAGUGAAUGAGGUUGCCAUUGCUGCUGCCGAUUCUUACUUGCCUGUCAAGGCGUUGCAGUACUUUAUUGAUGGUGUGCAUUCUUUUACCGGCUUGAACUGGUGGGCUUCCAUAGCUUUAACGACUCUUUUGAUUCGAGGAGCAACAGCUCCGCUUUUGAUAAAUCAACUUAAAGCUACCACAAAACUCACUCUCAUGAGACCGCGCUUGGAGGAGUUAAAACAGCAGAUGCAAGAUAAGGGUAUGGACCCCGCGGCUGUGGCUGAUGGUCAAAGAAAAAUGCAGAAUCUGUUUAAGGAAUAUGGUGUGAGUCCAUUUACUCCAUUGAAGGGACUCUUUAUACAAGGUCCUAUCUUCGUCAGUUUUUUCCUCGCAAUUUCAAAUAUGGCAGAAAAAGUGCCAUCGUUCAAAGUUGGUGGAGCCUACUGGUUUGUUGAUCUCACAACUCCAGAUACUUUAUACAUUUUACCAGUCUUGACAGCACUGUCAUUCUUAGUAACCGUGGAGUGCAACAUGCAAGAGGGUAUGGAAGGAAAUCCUGUUGCUAGCACCAUGAAAAACGUUUCAAGGGGUCUUGCUGUUCUUACAGUUCCAUUUACCAUGAAUUUCCCGAAGGCUAUAUUUUGCUACUGGAUUACUUCCAACUUGUUUUCGCUAAUAUAUGGGCUGGUGCUUAAAUGUCGUGGGGUAAAGAAGUUCUUGGGUGUUCCUGAAAUACCUGUGGCGCAGCCUACUAGUGCCCCACAACCUGCCUUCUCUGCAUUUUCAGCACUCAAACUUCCUACAAUGGUCAAACAGGAACCUACUGCAGUACCUUCUGAAUCAGUGAAGCUUCCUACUGCAGUACCUUCUGAAUCAGUGAAGCUUCCAGACCGAAGAAUAUCUCCAUCUUCAAAUAUCAGUCAAAGGCUUAGAAGUUUAGAGAAACAAGUAAAGGGAAGAAAGAAAAACAAGAAGAGGUAAGGGGAAAAAAAGUUCUUAGAAUUCAAACAACCAAGAUUGUAACUUAUUAGGUUUGAUGCUGUUAUAUUCUUUGAAAUGGUGUCUCAAUUAUUUUGUUGGGAUAAGGUUUAAUACCUGAGAGACCAAUGAGCUUUAGCUCAAACAGUACUUCCUCCCUUUGUAGCAAGAUGGAGGGUGAGAUCUUGGGGUUCAAGUCUCACUGGGUGUGUGUCUAACUUACCAAUAAAGAAAAGGGUUAGAGAGAGAGAGAGAGAGAGAGAGAAAAGGAGAGAGCCAUAUGAUGAGAGGGUAUUAAUACAUUAGAUUCAACUAUGAGUCUUUGUAAGUUUGCUACAUGAGUUGAAAGUUUUGUAUCUGUUCUCUGCAUGAAUUGACGAUUCCUUCAAAAGCUCACAUUGUUUAGUAGAAAAAAAAAACAUCAAUUUCUGUCUAUUCUGAAUGUCAUUUCAUC